GCAAUGCAAGCUGUGCAGUCAGUUUGAGUCACCAGAAUCUCAAGUUUCCUCUUUGGUCGUGGGGGGGUUCUCUUUUCAGGUGGCGUUUUGGGAGCAGCGAGGUGACUGAGGUGGUGUGGGGGCAGUAUGAGAACCCCAGUCCUCUCUCAUGUUCUUCUCGUCAGCAAGUUUCUCAUACGGGAACAUGUCUCACUGAGGAAAGAUGGCCGGAGCUCCUUCCCUGCUCUGACACCACUGCUGUCGGUCCCUUUUCACUGGGCUCUGGGGGACUUGGUGGAGUUUUAGGGGAGGAGGACAGAAAGAAGACAGAAAAAGCAGAAGAAAAAAAGAAAGCAAGAGGGACAGAAGAAACUUUUGAUGCUGUUGAAGAAAGUAGACCUCAGUUGGGUUGAACAAAGAUCAAUCGAGAAGGAUUUUCUAAAGCACAGAGGUUAAUACGGUCAAAGGUCAUGGAUGCUCUAGCGCUAGAAGCCAAGGCUGCAAAAAGCGAACCUGCCCCGGCAGCAACGAUCCCAGUCAAGAGACCCAAAUCAGCCAAAAAGGUGAAAAAAAAGGUAGUCUUCUUUGAAGUAGAGAUUCAGGAUGCCAAAACCAAAGAAAAGUUGCUGCUUUUGGACAAGGUGGAACCCAAUGCUACUAUAGCUGAAAUCAAAUCUAUGUUCCACAAAGCACACCCACAGUGGUAUCCAGCAAGACAGUCCCUCCGUCUGGACCCCAAGGGGAAAUCUCUGAAGGACGACGAGAUCCUACAGCAGCUCCCUGUAGGGACUACUGCAACCUUCUACUUCCGAGACCUGGGUGCCCAGAUUUCCUGGGUCACGAUCUUCCGGCUGGUUGACUGUGCCCCUAUUUCUUGGCGGAACACUUUAUCUAUGCUUGCACAGGAUCAUCUGAGACCUACUAGGUGUUUCUCAGCGAGUAUGUGGGGCCUCUUCUCAUCUAUCUCAUGUUCUACUUCCGAGUGCCUUUCAUCUAUGCCCCCAAGUAUGACUUCACCACUAGCAAAUACUGGGUUGUGCACCUGGCCUGUAUAUGCCACUCUUUCCACUACAUCAAGAGGCUCUUGGAGACCCUGUUUGUCCACCGCUUCUCGCACGGCACCAUGCCACUGCGCAACAUCUGGCAGAACUGUGCCUAUUACUGGGGCUUUGCUGCGUGGAUGGCCUACUACAUCAACCACCCCCUGUAUACCCCUCCCUGUGAGUCCCCUCUGGAUCCUGUACUGCAGAAGGGCAGAAAGACUAUCUACACAAAUCUACGGUGAGCAGCAGGUGAAAACAGCACUCAUUAUUUUCCUGUUCUGUCAGAUUGGCAAUUUCUCCAUCCAUGUAGCCCUUCGUAACCUUCGACCCCCUGGCUCCAAGACCAGAAAGAUCCCAUAUCCAACAAGGAACCCUUUCACCUGGAUCUUCCUGGUAGUCUCGUGUCCCAAUUACACAUACGAGGUGGGAGCCUGGCUGGCCUUCACCGUGAUGACCCAGUGUUUACCAGUGGCCCUCUUCACUGCUGUGGGUUUCAUCCAGAUGACCGUGUGGGCCCGGGGAAAGCAUCGCAGCUACUUAAAGGAGUUCCGAGAAUACCCCACCAUCCGCUCACCAAUCCUGCCCUUUCUUCUGUAGGGAAGAACAGUCAAAUAUCUUCCAGCAGCCACCCAAGUUGAGUCCAGUCCUGCGCUGUACAGCCUUGAAGUCCUGCUCAUGAUGAAUCAUACAACCUUUGACCUGUCCAUAUUAAACAUUGCUAAAAGAGUGAAAAUCAUCUUUUAAUAACUCCUAUAAAUGAGAACUGAGUGUUUGGACUAAUUUGUUUUCUGUAUAAAUCAUCUAAGGUUACUAUAACAGCAUUAUUAGUUACGUUCAUCAUCCAGGGCCACAAAACAGACUGAAAAUCAGUAGGCGGAAGUCCACUUUAUUCUCACCUCUAAGGCAAUGACUCCGCUGCCCGAGACCCAGAGGUUCUCCUUCAACUUGAGUGUGCUUAUAAUCAAGGAGGCACUGUGGGGCAGCAGGUAGUGCUAGUGCUUCACAGCUUCUGGGCUGCAAGUUUGGGUGUGGGUUGAAGUCCAGCUCAAUCUGUGGAGUCUGCAUGGUCUCCCUGUGUUUGUUUAUUUUUUUCUCCAGGUGCUCUGGUUGCCUCCCAAAUACGUGUUUCAGGUGAACUGGUGAUUGAAUUGCCUGUAGUAUGUGUUUGUGCGCACGUGUGAGGACAAAGCGAGUGAGUGUGUGAUUGUCCUGUGAUGGAUUUGUGUACCAUCCAGGGUGUACCCUGUUUCACAUACAAUGCUUCCAGGAUAGAUUCUGGACCUCAAAGGCCCUGGACAUAGCACACAGUUAUUUAUAAUUCAUGAAGGGGGUGGAGAUUUGCGCUCUUCAUCAUGUUAAUUCCUGCUAGAGAUAGA